AGAUCCACUCGAGAGCACGCAGGAGCCUCACACACACUCAUUAGUACACUUGAGGAGGUGUGCUUUAGUGUUUGAGCGUUUCAUUGAGCACAGUCCCGUUCGGAUGAGGCGCGGUUCGAGCGGAAUAAGCGGCGGCAGGCUUUGAUGAUGAUGAGGAUGAGGAUGAUGAAGAGCGCGAGGCACCUGUGAUCAGGUUCAGCAUCAGUCACUGAGAUGUUCAGCUCCGCCAGCACUAUGACCGAUGGAGAUUACGACUAUCUGAUCAAACUCCUGGCUCUCGGGGACUCCGGAGUGGGCAAGACCACCUUCCUCUACCGCUACACCGACAACAAGUUCAACCCCAAAUUCAUCACCACCGUGGGCAUUGAUUUCAGGGAAAAGAGAGUGGUUUAUACCACAAACAGCCCCAAUGGAACCACUGGAAAGACGUUUAAGGUUCACCUGCAGCUCUGGGACACAGCGGGACAGGAGAGGUUCAGGAGUUUGACCACGGCGUUCUUCAGGGAUGCGAUGGGUUUCUUGCUCAUGUUCGAUCUGACGAGCCAGCAGAGCUUCCUCAACGUCAGGAACUGGAUGAUGCCCAUGUAUUGUUUGUAUGUUUUUGAGAGAAUCCAGGCUUCUUCUUCUGAUGUUUGUCUUUGCCUCCUCUUUCCCAGAAUUCCCUACUUCGAGACGAGUGCGGCGACCGGUGCGGAGGUGGAGAAGUCCGUGGUGACGCUGCUGGAUCUGGUGAUGAAGAGGAUGGAGCAGUGUGUGGACAAACCUGCGGCGGACGCACACAACACUGACAGCAGCAGCAAACUGGACGCCGCAGCAGCCGACGAGAAGAAGUGUGCGUGUUAAAGCAGCGGGAUCUCAGAGCAUCCUCCUGACCUCCUGUAUUACAGAUGUGUGUGGACACCUCCGAGAGUCUGUGAGAGUCUGUGCUACUGCCGCGUCAUCUUUAACAACCCGUCCAAAUUUAGCCCAGAUUAUUACUGUCAGCAAAUGCAUCUGAAAUAUUCAUAUAGAGGUUUUAGCUCAGAAACUCACACUAAAAACCUGAUGUGGCCAUAAUCUCGAGUUGGACACUCAUCAUCUAAAUGAAUGUACGUAAAAACAGAAAUAUCUGACAUUCAUACACUACCAGGCAGAAGUUUGGA